CCCAGGGUACUAUGUUUUUCCCACCCUGAUUGGUCCAAUGCGCCAAGGCAUGGGAACGAGAGCGAUUGACCCCUAUUGACCCCAAGAUGGCUACCUCGACAGAGAGAAUGGAUAAUCUAGUUCGAGAUUACCUACUUUAUCGCGGUUUUACCAGCACGCUGAAAGUUUUCGAGGGCGAGAUCAAGUCAGAUAAGGACAGGGGAUUCCGUGCUGACAAGGUGGUUGAACAGAUGAUCGGGUACAUCCAGCAGUAUGAGUUAGGAGCGCUGCGGGAGUACUGGGGACACCUGGAUCGGAGGGUGUUCUGUCGACUGGAGCAUGCGCAUUCUACAGGUGUCAAUAAGCUUGCCCGGUGCCUCUUGCGACUGUACCUUGUCCAUGCUAUGCAGAAUGGCCGAACUGAGAAAGUCACCGAAUUCUUUGAAAAGUUGGCAGAGAUCCAGGGCCAGCCAGAAUGGAGGGAAUGGUUUGUGCUGCCAUUUUUGUCCAACCCAGAGCAGAACCCGGCAUUCAUGAUGUACUUCACUAAGCAGUGGGCAGACACGUUUAUCGUCUCCCUCCAUAAUUUCCUCAGUGUAAUCUUCCACAGCAUGCCUGUGCCAACCCUUCUGAGUUUUGAGAUGGAGCAGGCCAAGAUGGCACAGCUCAAGGAGGAGAAUGACAUGCUCAGGCAGCAGGUUACAGCCUUACAGCAGAGGGAACUGAAGAAAGCUCUGAAGGAGAAAGAGAAGGUGAAACUAGCUGGGACAGGAGAGCUCAUGGAUGAAUUCUAUGCUGGCCCUAUGGAAGCAAGAGCAGACCCAGAGAGCACUAAGAUUGCCAGAGGGAAGAGCUCCAACUCCCCCUCUCCUGUCCGUAAGCCCACCCUUCUCUCCACCAUCAAGCCACAGCUGGCAUCAGCAAAAAAAGCAGCAGGGAAAACAACAACAGCCUUGCAGAAAAAAGAGGACAAUUCACAGAGACCAGUCAGCCCAGGAGUCCAGAGAAAGGCUCAGGUAGAAGUGGCUAAAGCAGCCAAGCCUCCUGCUGAGUCAGCCAAGACCACACUGGUGCAGAAACAGGCCAUGAAGCAGCAGAAGGCUGUUAGUCUGGAGCAGCAGCGCAGAGAGCUGCUGUCUAAAGCACAGGCUGCACAGGCCAGAUCAAAUGCAUUGGCUUCAGAGACACAGGAGUCUACCCUGAUGAAAAAGGAGACUGAAGGAUUUAAGGAUGUGCAGAAGUUCCCUACCCCAUCUUCUACUCUAAAAGAGCCAAAAGUUGGUGUAAAACAAGAGGCUGGUGGUCUGUCUCCAAGAGACGGUUCGUUGCCUGUCUCUACUGAAAAGAUCCCUACAAAAGAAACAGAGGAGCAGCAUCCCUUUCUUGUGCUGAGUCAGGAGGACUACAUAGAGCACCAUUCCUCCAUCACCCACUGUCGCUUCUCAGUAUCAGGAACCUGCAUUGCUAGUGCAGACAUCGAUGGUGUGGUCAAGGUGUGGAACUUCAGCCCUGCCCCUGUAACUAUAGCAACCAUCAUGUCCAAGUCUCCUAUCCAAUCACUGGAGUGGGUGACCAAGCCCAGUAGACUGCUUCUCCUGGGCAGCAGACAGAGCACGGUGAGACUGUACGACACGGAGGCUAAGAAACACCUGGUGGAGUCACAGACAGAUCCACAGUAUCCACGUGUUGUAACCAUGGCCUGCAGCCCCAGUGGGAGCAGUUUUGUGUGUGGGAUGGCCAGACAGACUGGGAGUGUAGAGGGAAGGCUGCAGAUGUGGGACAUGAAAACCAUGAAAGUACAGAGAGAGCUGCCUCUUGACCCACCGUCAGUGUGUGCCAACUGCACAGCUUUCACCUUCAAUGGACACCUGUUGGUCAGUGGAGCAUCUGACGGAGUCAUCAGACUCUAUGAUAUGCAGCGUUAUGACUGCCUGAUGAGCUGGCAGGCCCACAGUGGGGAGGUGUACUCUGUGCAGUUCAGCUGUGACGAGACCUCCAUCUACAGCAUGGGGGCUGAUGGGAAGUUCCUGGAGUGGAGUGUACACAGAGUUGGCAGCAAACUGGCAGAUCUGCCGGUACAUGAAGGUGCCACAGGUCCAUUUGUUGUGUCGGGGUACGGCGGCUACAAACAGGUGCAGGCUCCUGGAGGGAAACUGUUCGCCUUUGAUGCAGAAGGGAACUACGUUCUAACUUGCACAGGGAAUGGUGGGAUCAUUUACAAGUUGGGAGAUUCCACCCUCAACAAGACCUUAUCUCUGGGAGGUCAUAGGUCACCUGUGGUCAGUGUGGACUGGUGUACCGCGAUGAAUUGUGGGACCUGUGUGACAGGCUCCAUGGAUGGGAAGAUCAAAGUAUCCACCCUUCUUAUGCAAUGAUAGAUGCUUCACAUUACUUCAAAAUGAAUCAGUGCUCAUAACAGAAUACAGUACACUGAAAAAAAUUAACACAGUUUAGGUUAGUUUCGAAAGGGUCAGUUUUACUCUUAGACUAAUAAUAAUAAAGAGAAUGGGUCUUAUCUCUUUAACCUUACCGGUAUUGUACACCAAAUGUGUAAAAAAAAAACAGAACUACUUAUAAAAGAAGCAAGCAUUUAGUCAAUGUGUUGACUUCAGAAUCAUGAGAAGGAUGUUCAUAUAUGAAUACUGUAAGGUCCUUUCAGCAGAUUUGAAGUGGAACAGUUCAAAUCUUUUGAAACAUUAUGAUUUGUAUAAAAAAUUAAUGCAUAGUAAAAUUAACAAUUAAUAUAUCAGUUUAAACUGAACUGAACAGUUACUGCAUGGUAUAUACAUGUAUGUACAAGCAUCAAGAGAGUAGAUAGGUACUAGUAGAUUGCACCAAGGACAUAACUAAUAUCUUCUAAGUAAUAAUUUGUCACAAGCAGACAUGUAGCUGAUAUGUUACAGAUUCAAGCAACAAUACAACAGAUGUACUUGGGC